ACUUCCUGUUUCGGUCAGCUGCAAAACAUAGACACGAUUAAAAAAUACUGCUAAUUAUUACCUGUGACUUCAGUUAUGAAGGGCCCCGGCGCUGAGAGCGGCAUGAUGGACGUAAUGGAUGAAGGCACUACAUCACCCACCGACCCGAACAGUGACGACCUCCCACCGUACCUGCGUGAGGAUCCACCUGAAGAUUUGGACAAGGACCAUCCAAAGAGCGAAGGGGGCGUGGUCUGGAGGAUGACAGGUGGCCUCUUUAACCUGACCAAAGGAGCAGUGGGUGCCACUCUCGGAGGAGUGGCCUGGGUGGGCAGCAAAAGCUUCGAGCUGACGAAAACAGCCGUGACGAGCGUCCCAGCAGCCGGGGUGGGAUUGGUCAAGGGCAGUGUCUCUGUGGUAGCCGGAGGAGUCGGGGCAGUCGGAUCAGCCGUGGCCAGUAAAGUCACAACGAAGAAGAAAGACAAAUCAGAUUAGCAUGGCUGACGGCUUGGUGCACGUUUACGUCAACAUUUCUGUUACCAUUGGAGCAGGCAUACGGUCACUCUGUUGGGUUUAAUUUAAUCAUUACCAAACACUACACGAUGCUGAUCGAGAUCCAGCUGAAGUUGCCCUCUUGUGCCAGACCUUGCAAACACAUUUCGCACUACAUAUGGCAGAAAAGGGCGACUUCUUCUGCACUUCCUGUUGGUGUGCGUUUGAUGAUUGAUUGGGUUCUCCUACUGUUUGUUUGUCUCAUAGUUUCCAUUUUGUUUGCUUAGUUUUGCUUUGCUAAGAUUAUAUUUGAGAGACAGGACAACUCAGAUUUUUACACGAAAAUCACAAAUCCAUUAUGAAUUACACAUCCAAUCCUUUAAAAAAAAAUCAAAUGUGAAUAGAUGGCGUAUUUGUACAUUCGGACCAACCAGUGUGAAACCAAAGUCAAGUAUUAUUGGAUAUUAUGAUGUCUCUGUCUCUCUCUUUUUCCUUUUGUGUCACAAAACAUUUUUCUCAUUUUCCGAAUCCGGAAACUAAAAUGAAACAUGUAUGCAUACAGUAUGCAGGUCGCAGUCGUGGAAAGCACGAAACCCCUGUGCCGUGUUUAAAUCCCGUAGUUGAUCAUUUUCAUGAACCAAGAUGCCGUAACCAUUCACGUUUAUUAUCUUGAAGCUGCGCGUUUUUGACUGAAGAAAUGUCGUGACCUUAACGUUUCCUAAUAAUGCUGAGCCGCAUGGGACAAAAGCUAUAUGAUUUAAAAAAAAAAAAACCUGCUAUAUGUGUCUUUCAGAGUCGCAAUGAAUGAAUGAGGGAUUGCAGAAUGUCAUUAUAUGCUUUUCAUCAGGACGGACAUUAAUGUUGUUCUUCUCACAAUGCAUAUUUAAAAAAAAAAAAAAAACUCACACGCUCAUACAACAGAUAUUUUCAUAUUGUGAUACUAUAAUUGUCUCAUAUUACCUGGACCGGUCUCACUAGGCAGCACUUGCACAGGCUUAGUAAGCUGACUAGCUAGCUGAUUAUUAAAAAAAAAAAAGCCACUUAACGAAAACCUUACAUACUGUAUAUGAUAUGAUAUUUUGCUGUUUAAAGUAGCUGUAUGGAAAGGCGUUAUGAUUUUAUGACCCACGGGUCUUUCGUUUUCUGCAAGGGUGUCACAAAUCUAAUCCUUUUGUUCCGAUUCCAAAUCCGAAUUUCCGUCUUUAGUGUUCUGUAUGCGAUCAGGAAUCACAUCGGUACGUUUACGAAUUACCGUUUACACGUCCAAAGGAUGUUUAAGCUGAAACAUUUUGCUUUUGUUACAUCUGUACUAGGAAUUCUUUUUUUUUUUUUUUUUUACUAGGGAUAUUCAUGAGCUCGGACAGAUGCUGGAAAAUUCCACAGUAAGGAAAAUGAAAUGAGAUGAACGAACGGUGUCUUAUAACACUAACGCUAGCAAACACAAAGUCACCUUGCGUGUCUUUGUCACACUUCAUCAAGCCAUAAUUAAGACGGUUUGGCUUUCAGACUCCAAUAAUGUUGUUAAACACAACAAGGAAGCUCCAAAGGUCAUCGCUGAAAUGUCUCCCAAAGACUUUUGGCUUCGGAGACAUUAUGAGGAGAGGAUAAAGAUUACGGCUGCGUAAAAAGUCGCCUCGACCAGGGAGAUUAUUUAUUAUUAUUGUGGGUUUUUUUUAUAUUUAAUUUCCUCUCCCCCUCUCCAUCGUCUGUAUUAAUGCACGUUAGUCGCCAUGGCAACUUGUCCAGGGGUGUACCCUGCCUCUUGCCCAUAGUCAGCUGGGAUAGGUUCCAGCUUGCCUGUGACCCUGUACAGGAUAAGCGGCUACAGAUGAUGGAUGGAUGGAAAGUUGCCAUGUUUUAGUCUCGGUAACUCGGCUUCCCAAAGAGCGAUCACUUGCCCAGUGGGUUAGUUAAUGAAUUUAUGUUUCAUCCACCGCUGUCCUUGGAAUCUUGUGAGCUGUCAAACAAGAGCCAUCAAAACAGCAUGUAAACUGAGACGUAGCUCAGAUGUAGGUUAAAGCACGGUGCUACUGAUUCUAAGAUUGUGAGUUCAAAUCCCUGCACAACUAAACUACCAUUGUUAGGAUGUUAAAUAAACAAGGCCCUUGGUCUUUAACCCACAACCAUUUUUUUUUUUUUUAUUAAUUUAUUUUUUUUUUUUUUAAAUCCUGUUUCAGUUGUAAGGAUAAAAGCAUCAAUCAAAUGACAAAUACAGGGUGUUUCAAAUAAAAAAAAAAGUGAUAUAUUAUUUGAGAUGUAAAUAUCCCAGAAACCACAUAGUCUAGGCAAAUGAAACUGAACAGCCUUAAUGUUGAGCAAUAUAAGAUUUAUUCCUCAAAAUCCGAAUGAGAAAUUCAAAGGUAUGUGGAUUCCAUGAACGAUUUCACAAAUGUUCAACAUUCACGCCGCCUGAGAUGCAGCAAACGUCAAGUCGGUAGUCCAGCUCCUGCCAAACACGCUGCAGCAUGUCUUUGGUAACGGUGCAUUUUUAGAGAAUUCUCUUCUCAUAAACGCACGCUGCACCGUCUUGUUCGACAGUGUUCAAGCGUACUCUAAUGGCCUCUGCAUGCUCUUGCGACAAGGCUUUCGCAGAUAGCUUUUCGCAGACAGUUGUAAUUUAUUGUUGAGCGGGGAGUAAUAGGUGUGUGCGAUGUUAUUCACCGCCACAACGCAAGGGGGCGCGAAGUCGUGAAAUCGCUAGGAGUAGUUGGUGGGUGUGGUUAGUGGAGUGUUUAUCCUCCGGUUACUUAUAAUGACUAGAACUGGAGUCGUAUAGAUGUACGUACUUCCUCACUUCCUCGAUCAACCGCUCUUCGUGCUGCUCCAUCUUCGCUCGUGUUUUUAAAAAUGGCGGUCGUGAAAACAAACCAAACCGGGAAAGUAGGGAAGCGGAAGUGCGUGUACAGCGGAUGUAGAGUGGACCAAUCAGAGCCCUCUUGUCUGCGACGCUGUUUGCGAGGCUUCUGCGGUGGUCACAAUUUUUGGGAGGUGCGUGCAGAGCGUCUACGAAGGUGGGGGGGCUACGCAGACGCUGUCUGCGGCGCCGUCUGCGAGGACUGGGUUGUCAGCAUAAAUUGGCCUUAACACACAAAACAUUAAACAUAAAAUUUUAGCCUGUUUCCACACAUGCUGUUAAAAUUUGAGGUCAAUUGAACAAGACUUGGCAAAGUUAUUAGAUUUGUGAAAUAUCACAUUUUUUGAAACGCCCUGUAUAAAUGUGAGCUGUAACGUAAUGAGUCGUAAAUAUGGACCAAGAAAACUUUCAGAUUUACAAGUUUGAUAAUCAAUUUGUCGUUGAUCUGGAAUUAAAUUAACUCUGUGUUAUGUUGCCUUACAUAAUGACGACAUUUAAGCAAGAGAAUCAUUCCUGGGAAUCUACGUAUCUACAUACACUACCGUUCAAAAGUUUGGGGUCACUUUGAAAUGUCCUUAUUUUUGAAAGAAAAGCACUGUUCUUUUCAAUGAAGAUCACUUUAAACUAAUCAGAAAUCCACUCUAUACAUUGCUAAUGUGGUAAAUGACUAUUCUAGCUGCAAAUGUGUGGUUUUUGGUGCAAUAUCUCCAUAGGUGUAUAGAGGCCCAUUUCCAGCAACUCUCACUCCAGUGUUCUAAUGGUACAAUGUGUUUGCUCAUUGCCUCAGAAGGCUAAUGGAUGAUUAGAAAACCCUUGUACAAUCAUGUUAGCACAGCUGAAAACAGUUUAGCUCUUUAGAGAAGAUAUAAAACUGACCUUCCUUUGAGCAGAUUGAGUUUCUGGAGCAUCACAUUUGUGGGGUCGAUUAAAUGCUCAAAAUGGCCAGAAAAAUGUCUUGACUAUAUUUUCUAUUCAUUUUACAACUUAUGGUGGGAAAUAAAAGUGUGACUUUUCAUGGAAAACACAAAAUUGUCUGGGUGACCCCAAACUUUUGAACGGUAGUGUAUAUCUCUACCUACUCAAUAAUGUUACGUGUUGACUAUUGUACGUUUUAUAGCCGUUUACCAGCUACAUUUUCACGUUUACAUGAGAUUACUUCUUCAGAAACCAUAUUUAAUCUAUCUGUAUCUGGAUGAUGAUCAAUUCUGGAGAGAAGUUUGGUUAGUUAGUUUGUUAGUUAACCUCUAAGCUAAAUUAGUCUCUGAAUAAGCGUCCCAUCUGCCAUACACGUCAGCGAGAUUUGCAUCAUAACGCUUAAAACUAUAACGGAAAUCAGGCCGACUCUGUGUAGCUGCGGUAUGGAAAUUUGAGCCACAGUUUACAUCUACACAAUGCGCUUCAAGGUUUGUUUUUUCUUUGGAAAGUUUCUACUCUUUUUUUUUUUUUUUUUGUCUUUUCAUCCUCUUCUUUAUCUGAUGUGUGUGUUUUUUUUCUCUUUUCUCAAUUAUUUCAUGUGCACAAUGCCUAGCUUUCUCAUGACGUGUUGCAUGCUCCUCCCGCUGUAUGCUGUUGAAACGUCUCCUCAUCUUUAUCCAUCUCCAUGAUUUUGGUGAGUGACUUGUGCUGGAGGCUGUUACUCUAAACUGAACUUUAGGAAAGUAGACUUUUUUGUCUAUUAUAGAACUAUUUUUGCUAAAUUGAUGCUGUAUUCUACAAUUAAAGCAAUUCUGUAUUUUA